AUGGCACUAAACAAGAUGCAGUCGUCAUUGGACGACUUAGUUCAAUAUACACAAUUAUUUAAACCUGUGGCUACUGUAUUGCAAGGAACAGUGCUGCCUUUUUUGAUAAUAUUCCCGAUAAUAUUUUAUUGUUGGAUCUUCGUAUACGGUUUUAACGAAAACUUUGAAGCGGGUUUCGUUAUUGUAUCAGUGGUAGCAAUCAUACAAAUUUUUAUUUGUCUUUGCUGCUAUUGGAGUGUUCAUAUUCAGUGUUUUCUAUCUUGUACACCGGUUAAGGAUCCUUUACAAGCGGAAAUUGUUAAAGUGGUUCCCACUUCUAACAAUGGGUUUUCUGAAAUUGUUAAGCUUCACCAUACAAAGUCUACCAAGAAAGAUACUGAUAAUCCAGAUGUUUGGUUUAUAUUUCAAAAAAGCAAAUAUAUUUAUGACUGGGAUAAGAAAUCAUUCAAAACAGUUGAAUUUCCUGUUAAUAAAACAUAUAAGGAAUAUGUGGAAUCCAAAGGCUAUUUAGAUGAUGAAUCUAUAGAUUUAGCUGAGAAAGAAUUUGGAAAAAAUGAAAUGAUUAUGGUUGUACCCGAAUUUAUGGAACUAUUUAAGGAAAGAGCAACUGCACCAUUUUUUGUUUUUCAAGUAUUCUGCGUUGCCCUUUGGUGUCUUGAUAAAUAUUGGUAUUACUCUUUCUUUACUCUAAUUAUGUUGGUUAUGUUUGAAUGCACUUUGGUACAGCAACAAUUAAGAAAUAUGGCAGAAAUUAGAAAGAUGGGGAAUAAGCCUUACAACAUCCACGUGUAUAGAAACAGAAGAUGGCGCCAAGUUGUAAGUGAUCAACUGCUACCUGGUGAUAUUGUAUCACUCACUCGUUCUCUUACUGAUAAUUUAGUUCCCUGUGAUAUUCUAUUAUUGAGGGGUUCCUGUAUAGUUGAUGAGUCCAUGUUAACUGGGGAGAGUGUUCCACAAAUGAAGGAACCAUUGGAAAAUGAGAAAGAUCUUCAACAAAAUUUAGUAGUUGAUGGAGACGGCAAGUUGCAUAUGCUUUUUGGUGGUACUAAAAUAGUUCAGCACUCAUCGCCCAGUAAAAAUGUGUCUUCAGGACUUAAAGCUCCUGAUAAUGGUUGCAUUGGGUAUGUUAUUCGCAAUGGUUUCAAUACAUCACAAGGGAAACUCUUAAGAACAAUUCUGUUUGGUGUUAAAAGGGUCACAGCCAACAAUCUAGAAACAUUUGGUUUCAUUUUAUUUCUUCUAAUAUUCGCUAUUGCAGCAGCAGCUUAUGUGUGGAUAAAGGGAUGUGAAGAUCCUGAGAGGAAUAGAUAUAAACUAUUUUUGGAAUGUACUUUAAUUUUGACAUCUGUUAUACCUCCAGAGUUGCCAAUUGAAUUAUCUUUGGCUGUUAAUACAUCUUUAUUUUCAUUAUCAAAAUUAGCAGUAUAUUGUACAGAACCAUUUAGGAUACCUUUUGCAGGAAAAGUUGAAAUAUGUUGUUUUGAUAAAACUGGCACAUUAACAAGUGAUAAUUUGGUAGUGGAGGGAGUGGCAGGUGUAGGUGACCAUACAGAUGCAACUGUUAUACCAUUAUCCGAAGCCCCAAUGGAGACUAUACAAGUAUUAGCAUCUUGUCAUUCAUUAGUACAAUUAGAUGAUGGAGUUGUAGGAGAUCCUCUAGAAAAAGCAACAUUAAAAGCAGCUGAAUGGAACCUCACUAAAGGAGAUGCUGUUGUGCCAAAAAAAGGAAAGUCACCCGGCUUAAAAAUUAUUCAUAGAAAUCAUUUUGCAAGUGCUUUAAAGCGUAUGUCUGUAGUAGCUGGCUACCAGGUUAAUGACAGAGGAUUUUUAGAGAACCAUUAUAUUAGCAGUGUGAAAGGUGCACCAGAAACAAUCAAAACAAUGUUAAAAGAAGUUCCUAGCCAUUAUGAUCACGUGCAUUUAACUUUAUCCAGACGAGGUGCAAGAGUUUUAGCUUUAGGAUAUAGAAAUUUAGGAAAGCUAUCUUCUCAGGAAAUUAGAGAUUUGUCCAGAGAGGAUGUGGAAUCUGAUUUGACUUUUGUUGGUUUUGUUAUUAUCUCGUGUCCUUUGAAAAGUGAUUCCAAAAAAGCGAUAGCAGAAAUUGUGCAUGCGUCACAUUCCGUAGUGAUGAUUACCGGUGAUAAUCCUUUGACAGCCUGCCAUGUUGCAAAAGAACUUAAAUUCACACAGACGGAUGAAGUGCUCAUUUUAAGUGAAAGUAAUAAUGAGUGGAAAUGGAAGUCUAUUAAUGAGACCGUAGAGCUUCCAUUGCAACCGUUUAAAACUUCCAAAGAACUAACUAAAAAGUAUGAUUUAUGUAUAACUGGAGAAGGCCUUACAUUCCUGAAUGAGAAUAAUCGUAAGUUUUUACUAGAAAUUAUAGCGCACAUAAAAGUAUUCGCUAGAUUUGCGCCAAAACAGAAAGAGUUCAUUAUUGUUACUCUGAAGUCCCUAGGAUAUGUGACACUCAUGUGUGGCGACGGUACCAACGACGUGGGGGCCUUGAAACAUGCUGAUGUUGGAGUGGCGAUCCUCGCAAAUGCACCUGAACGUCCUUCGGAACCCGAGCCCCGUAAACCUUUGCCCCUCCGUGAGGCCCGAGACCCUCGUGAGCCCCGGGACCUCCGCGCAGACCGCGCUGAGGCAGCAGCCAGGUUACGCAGAGCUUUGAAGAAGUUGGAAGAGGAAGACCACCCACAACUGGUUAGACUGGGUGACGCUAGUGUCGCCGCCCCAUUUACUAGCCGACUGUCUAGUAUACUUUGUAUUUGUCACAUAAUAAAACAAGGCCGUUGUACGCUCGUGACGACCCUCCAAAUGUUCAAGAUCCUAGCACUCAAUGCUCUCAUACUGGCGUACAGUCAGUCGGUGCUUUACCUGGAUGGUAUAAAGUUCAGUGAUGUUCAGGCGACACUACAAAGUUUGUUGCUUGCCUCCUGUUUCCUCUUUAUAUCGAGAUCUAAGCCAUUAAAGCAUUUAUCCAAGCAGCGGCCUCUCCCGAACAUAUUCAAUGUGUACACAAUAGUGACGGUGCUUGCUCAGUUCGCAGUUCAUUUUAUAUGUCUCGUGUAUUUGGUUCGCGAAGCAAACUCACGCUCGCCUGAAAGGGACACAAAACCUAAAUUGGAUAUGGAUCUGGCAGAUGACGAAGACCGCGUUUUCGUUCCGGAUCUGCUCAAUAGUACUGUCUAUAUUAUCUCAAUGGCUCUUCAGAUUUCGACCUUUGCUGUUAACUAUAGGGGCGAGCCCUUCAUGGAGGGUCUGCGCGACAACAAGCCGCUGCUGUACAGCGUGCUGGUGUCGGGCGGCGCCGUGCUCGCGCUCGCCGCCGGCCUCGUGCCCGAGCUCUCCGCACUCUUCGAGGUCGUCAACUUCCCGCCAGAUUACCGAGUUAUUUUAGUGCAAGUAUUAAUAGCAGAUGUGGUGUUUGCAUACCUCGUGGACCGCAUCUGUCUCUGGCUGUUUGGGGACGCGCGUGUCGCCUCC